AACACGGAGUAAGUACGGCGAGUCACGAAGUCCAAAAUUGUCGCGAGAGAAAUGCAAUUCAGUUAUUGUGGAUUGGGAAAAUGAAAUUAUAUCAAUAACAUCUACUUUGUUGCACAGCCAGCGACUAAAAUAAUCAAUUUCACAAGCAAAUGAGCAAAUCAUUUCGUUUCCUUCCCGAUAAGGAAACAGAAUCCGACACAAAACCUAACGUAAACGGAUGUUUUUUUUUUAUGUCGUAAACCAGCGGUUGAACGUCUAAACAAACGAGGGGAUUUUUAAAGACGUUGUGUAUUCACUUAGGUUUUGACGUUUCCUGAGGCCAUGGCGGCUUCUUCUUCGUCCUCUUCUGCGGGCGGCGUGAGUGGCAGCUCUGUAACUGGAUCUGGUUUCAGCGCCUCAGAGCUCAUCCCCCCGAGGAAGGUCCUGUACACAUAUCCGAAGGGAGCAGGGGAGAUGAUGGAAGACGGCUCAGACAGGUUUUUGUGCGAGUCCGUGUUCAGCUACCAAGUUGCCUCGACGCUGAAACAGGUUAAACACGAUCAACAAGUGUCUCGGAUGGAGAAACUCGCCAGCUUGGUGGAGGAGCUGGAGGCGGACGAGUGGCGCUACAAACCCAUAGAACAGCUACUGGGAUUCACGCCUUCCUAGAUACAGAGAUUCACAUGCCUUUGGUAAAUAAAUCAGCCGAACGGAACGACGACAGAAGGUCUAUAUCAGUCCAUCGCGGAUAUUCCUUCGUUGGAGUUUUAUUCUAUAUCGCAAAAACUGAAUGUUACAUGUGUUAUUUAAUCACUUUUACUAUUGUAUGUUGUCUGUUUUUUAAAUAACCGUUUAGAAUAUUAAACAAACAAAACUUA